GAGUGAGAGAGAGAGAGAGAGAGGAACAGACAGAGAUGACAGAAAGUGACAGAGGUGAGUUGGAAGAGGAUUGAGAAAAGAGAGGGAGGAAGAGAGCAAGAGCAACGUAAUCUGCCACAGACCACACGCACGCAAACACGCACACACAAACACAGACACACACACACAAACACAGACACGCACACAGAUAUCAGGAAGCAAUCUGUUCCGUGCUGACUGUGCAGGGUGCUGUCUUGUAUGUAAGCAGAAGAGUGUGUACCGUACGUCAGUGUGUGCACGUCAGUGUGUGUGUCUGCCGACAACAGGUUGCAAGUAUGACCCUCUCACCUCAAAUCUAAGGAUCUCUCACCCCACUGGACAGACACAUGGACACACAGCUACACGGACCAACACCAUGGGCUCAAGAUUAAAAGGAAACCCUGACAGGACCUUCUACUGGUUCUUUGAAGCAUCUUGUCCAAUCGCAAAUGACAAAGAUCCUGACGUGUUGUUUCAGUUUCCUGAAGACUUCAGUGAUGAGGAAUCCCGCCAGACCCUACCAAGGUUCUGCUUUCCCUAUGACAUAGAGAGAGUGAGAGAUGUGGUGCCAGUGCAACACUUCACCUUUGUGUUGACUGACUUGGAGGGAUGCCAACGCUUCGGCUUCUGUCGCCUCACCAGCAGCUCACACACCUGCCUCUGUAUGCUUAGCUACCUACCUUGGUUUGAGGUGUUUUACAAACUUCUGAACAACCUGGCUGACUAUCUGACCAAGGGACAGACCAAUGAGAUGCGAGAACUGCUGGGCGCCCUCUACACACAUCCCCUGCCAGUGGCUGUCGGCUCUGUCACUCUGCAGCUGGGAGAGAAGCUAUUGGUCAGGACAGAGAUGCCCCGCCCUCCUGGACAUGCCCCCCUCACCCCGGGGAAGGGGCAGGAAGGGGUCCCGUACUUCAUCGCUCCAGACCCCAGAGGACUCCCUUCCAUCCCUGAGAGUAGGAACCUGACAGAGUUGGUGGUAGCGGUAGAUGUGUCUAACCUCCUCCAGCUCUAUGCCAGCAUGUUGUUUGAGAGACGCAUCCUCAUCCUCUCCAGCAAACUCAGCACAUUGACAGCGUGUGUUCAUGCCCUCAGUGCUGUGCUCUACCCCAUGUACUGGCAACACAUCUUCAUACCUGUCCUGCCCCCACACCUACUGGACUACUGCUGUGCUCCGAUGCCCUUCCUCAUAGGAGUCCACUCCAGUCUGACAGAGAGAGUGAGAAGCCGGGGGUUAGAGGACGUGGUGAUUCUGAAUGUAGACACCAACACUAUAGAGUCUCCCUUCGAAGACCUGAAGAAGAUACCAGCAGAUGUGGUAUCAGGUCUGAAGUUGUGUCUGAAACGUCAGGCAGCGUCAGCAGGUGUGGGCGUGGCCAAGGCCUUCCUCAGGGCUCAGGCUCUGCUGUUUGGAGGAUAUGGAGACGCUCUGAAGGGAAACACGAAUGGUCAGAUCAUGUUCUGUGAGGAGGUUUUCCUGGACCACAGGUCUCCCAGUAUGAGACAGUUCCUACAGAGUGCUGUCCAUCUGCAGCUCUUCAAACAGUUUAUUGAUGGACGUCUGGAGCUGCUGAACAGAGGGAUAGAGCCAGACGACCUGUUUGAACAAGAGAUGCUACAGUGUGGAACAGCAGAAGCAGGAAGCACCAAAGCCUAUCAUCAACUGGUGGGCAACCUGAAGAAAGGGGGAGGAGCUCUCAUCCUUAACGUCAAGUCUAAGACUCACAUGUACAAGUCGGCCAAACGUGGCUUGAGGAACUUUCUAUCACCCAAGGAGCACGUUGAGAUUCUCUCCCUUAAGAGAGGCAACUCCGUGUCCGGAACACACACACACCGACGCAAACAAUCAGAUUGCCUUCAGAGCCGUUUACCAAUCACACAACACUUUGGGAAGUCUCGUCCCCGUCGUCCAGUUAACAAACAAGGCUGUCUCCUUGACGACGAGAACACACAAGAGAACAGAGACACCUGGGAGGAAGACUGGCAGGACAGUGCUGUCUCAGGCCCCGUGGCAGACCCAGAGCUCCAGGAGGAGGAGGGGGGAGACUCAGGUAUGUGUGACCCAGAGGAGAUGGACCUCCUGGGGGAGAUCUUUGACACGCUGAGUGCCCGGAGCUCCCAUGACCGCGGCCUGCUCUACGGGACACGAAGUUUAGACCUGUUUGGACCUGAUACUACUGACUACAUCAGACAGAGGGGCCUGGCCACUCCCAGUCAGGAAAGUCUAGGCGUGUCCAUCGGUGGGAGUGGCAGUCUGCACAGCUGGAACCAGGAGGACGGGCUACAAUACAUGGGGGAGGGGCCAGAACAGACCGAUGAUUCUGAUGGGCUAGGAGAGGGACAGGCGUUGUCAGAGGAAGCAUCAGAAACACCUCAAGGGAGAAGAGAGGACGGGAGGAGAGAGAAGGAGUGGAGAGAGGAGGGAAGGAGAGAGGAGGGAAGGAGAGAGGAGGGAUGGAGAGAGAAGGAGUGGAGAGAGGAGGGAAGGAGAGAGGAGGGAAGGAGAGAGGAGGGAAGGGGAGAGAAGGAGUGGAUAGAAGAGGGAAGGAGAGAGGAAGAGAUGGAAAGGGGGUUGGUGGAGGCAGAGGAGCUUAAAGAGAGGAAAGAGGUUGGGAUGGAGAGAUGGAAUGUUCUGAGGCAAGGAGGGCAGGAUGAUCAACAGAUGGAGGAGAGGAAGAGGGAUGAAGACAUCACUAUGGAGCCAGAGAUUCAGUCUGAAUGUGUGGGUGAGAAGGGGAAGGGGAAAGAAGUGGAGGGAGAGAAAGAGAGAGAGAAGAUGCAGAAUGACAGAGGUAAAGACCAACAAGAAGAGGAGAACCAGGGGCAGGUGCAGGAGAGAGGCCCCAAGACACCAGGAGAAUUACCCAGGAACAGAGGCCCAAGGCCAGGUGCUGAGUCUAGGGCCGGGGCAGUGGAGGACAACCAGGGAGAAGGGGACAGACUCACCCCCAAAACCACUGCUUUUCCUGGGCCUGAGAACGGCACAGCUCCUAAACAACCCCUGGGUCAGCUAGAAAGAGAAGAAAAGGGGGAGGAAAUAGAGGUGGGACCCACACCCCUUUCUCCCAGUGCUCUAUCUGCUGUAGCACGGUUCCAGUCACUGGCCUCCGUGCAAACCCUCCAUGGGAAGGCCCAGACCAGGGGCUCGCCUAAACCCAGUAAGCCCAGCAACACACCUCGGACCUGGGACACUAUACAGAAGAGCUGCCCUCAGGAACCCAACAACACCCAGGUCUCACCGAAUGACAGAGCUGGACCUGGCAUAGCCACCCCUGUCCUGACUACGCCUAUAAAUAACCAAUUAGAACCAGGGGGGAACACCACUGCGCAGGAAGACCCGCUCCCUGUCAAGGUGUCUGAGCUGAAGAAGAGAUUUGAAGCUUGAUGACUGGUGCAGGACUGUUUGAGUGGCGCAAAGCUCAGCCAAUGAUUUUGCAGUUUUCAAAGACUGUGGGACUUGAUGAGUCAGAGAAGAAAUGGGGAUGGGAAGUGAAACUCAGGAAC